UAAAUUGGAAUCUUCUCCCGAUCAUAACUAUCACUUCGUCGACGAUGUUCGUGGUGAGAGGUAUAAUGAUGGUAUCAAUUAUAACGUGGAUAAUAAUUACUGGGGUUGAAGACACAAAGCUGGAGCGAUUUCCAAUCACGUGCUCCGUCAUCUCUCCGUCUUCCAUUUCCACUUAGUGUCUUUGGAUUAGGGCACUGAUGCGCUGGGGGUCCCUGAGAUCGUGGACCACGCAUCUCUCCCAUCGAGUCGUCAAAACCUUGCCUCGUCCGACUUCAGCCUUCGCACUGGUUAUCUCAGGUACAGGGAAUGUGCUUGAUUCAACAAUGGAAAUUGACUUCAGAACAGCCCUUCCGCCGCAAACAAAAUAUGAAGACAAAAGACUAGCGCUACCUGGAGUCAAUGCCAGAAAACUCAUGAUCUUGUACCCAACACACAGCGCGUACAUCGUUCUGUGGAUGUCACAUUAGCUGCGAUCCUCCAGAAAGGGUUGUACCAUCUUGCCUCGUCCAGUGCCUCGGGCGCGAGGAUAGU